AGAGCUAAAGUCCUCCCUGUACAGAGGACACUUCACCGUCUGGUCCUGGUUCCGCUUCUGGUGUUCUGCCCAGACCUUCAUGCAGGAGAUGUGGACGUUGUUCCCACAGCCGAACCUGGAGACGUGAGGAGAGCAUGGGAGACAGAAGAACAUCUGACAGCAUCUACUUCAGAUAUAUGUGUUUGAAUAAAAAUCCAGAGGUGGGUUUUGGUGACAGCAGGUACAGAAGCUCCAUUUUCCCUCAUUUAUAAAGGUCUUUAAACACAUCAGCGACGAUUACCCCCAACAAUAUAUACAACAAUCCUUCAACUUGGAACAUUUUUGUGGUUAGAUCAUUACAACAUCUUCUAAAAACACAUGAAAAAGUCUUAGGAUAAUUCAAUUCAAGUGAUAAAUUAUAGUCAGAAGCAUCAUAUUGUGGGUUGCAUCCAUCACAUGGGUCCAAAUUCACAUCUUUAACCACAUGGAGACACUGCACUUCCAAACCACCUCAGUAAAGCUGUAAUUGGUUUAAUCCUAUGAUAUAUCAGUGAUCUUACAUCAGGUGGCCUUUUGUGCAGCUUGUUUUCCACCGAUCACUGCAACAUUCCCGUCAGCGGUGAGUCUGAACCGUCGUCCUCAGCCUGUCACCACUCACCUGCAGUAGGAGACGGGCUGUUUUCUCUCCAGAAGAUCCUCCUGGCAGAUCGGACACACAUCCUGGGCGUUAAUCGCUUUCCGGUAAACUCUUCCUUCCUCCCGGUCCGAUUAGUUUGAGGUCCCAGAGGCAGCAGACGGUUCAAACUCUGUCCGCUGGGCUUCUGUUUGGUGUAAACCGUGAAGCAGCUCAAAGAUCUGCCUCUCCAUGAGUCCACGCUGAAACGAGUCUGGAACAGAGUUCAUUUAACUUCAAACUUUACUCCACAGAUGUGUCUGUGAAACAGAAACAGCAUUUUUUUAAACUGGUAUUAUGGCAUCUGUAUCAACAAAAUCCUUUGCUCUAUGGCAAAAUGUAGACGUAAGAGGUUUUUUUUUUGACCACUCAGUUCUUCUUGUGAGAAUUAUUUCGUGCAUACUGUAAAUAUUUGUAGACAGCUCACACACUCAUUCAAAAUAAUCAAUGUGGCCCAGCAAUUCUUCUGAAAAACAUAAACCAUUUCUCCAGUUACUGUACUUCAACCCUGAUCAGGCCAAAAUGAGGUUUCUAGGAAUGAGAUUUACAAUUUUAAACUAUUUUCUUAAAUUACAGUCAUGAACAAUCAAUAACCAGUUAAUCAUCAACUUGUCCUCCUCAUCACACACACUUCAUCCACCCUGUUCAUGAUGCUAACUUUUGUUCAACAGUCUGCAAUUGAAACAGAAGAAAUGUAAAUUUGUAAGUUCUUGCUGGAGGACAUUAAUCAGCGCAGAAGUCUUUGUCAUGGUGUUCCUUCACCAGCUGAACCCCCACAAUGCUCUCUGCUUUACAACAGAGUGACGCCUCCUUUGGUCACUCAUUAGAAAGCAACAUGCAGAAGGAUUCACCUUAAAGCUCCUGGCCUCUCCUUCCUCUCUGAGCAGGAAUCCUGUCGGCCCGUAGGACUUUAGGAGGAACAUGGUGGUGCUGAGAGCUUCGUCCUGAUGCAGACUCACUGCAUCACUGACUGUGUUCCUCCAGACGGUUCUCCUCAACAUCCUGACAGAAAGAGAACUUCACUGAUCCCCAAAGACAACUGAGGAGUUGUAGGAGAAACGUAGACAACAUAAAACCCUAAAACAAACAAUUUACAUCUCAAAUCACAGCAAAAUUACUGUUAAAUUACCUUAGUAUUAAUUCAGAUGAGCAUUAUUAAUCUAUAAACUAUACCAGCUUCACUGCAGCUCGGGGCUAAAAGAGGUUUUCAAAUAUUCCUGUACAUCUUUAUAUUUAAUUAAACUAAAUAAUAAUUUUAUUAAUGUAAAUAACCAUAUAUCAGAUAAAUAGAAACACUGCUAUAGCUGCCUGCACUCACUGCGAUAUUAACUUAGAGAGAAGAAAGUAAAUAGAAUGACUAUUUUAAUCACAUCAGUUCCUCUAGCUUCUAGCUGCUCCUUGUACUUAGCUAACAGCUAAACAACAAAAGCUAGUUGGAGCUCGUAGCUAGUUUGCUUCUACGACGGCUGUGAAUAAUUUAAAGCAGAAUUUUACUCUUCCCGAUAAUAACAAGUAUAUCUCAACUUUAAAUUCUCUCUUCUGCUUCCCUGUAGUCUCCAGUUUUCCGUUUUAACACCGCAAAAACGACCGUUAGCUUGAAACCGCAGCUAGCCGCUAGCUUAGCAUCAACCAGGCUACAUUAGCAGCAGCCGUUAGCAUCGACCCGCUGCUGGAAUCUCACCUGUACGGUAAAUAAACUCACCUGCUCAGGUGUGAACACACAGCAUCUACCUGUCUCUGUCACCGGAAGCAGCCUUUACUGUGUGGGAUACUGUGGCCAUGGUAACCGUUGCUAAGGAGGGAUUGACCUGCAGAGGGCGCCGUUGCUAAGGAUGUAAGGAAUAGAAGCCUCCUGAUUCACUAAUUUAAGUGCAAUGUAAAACGAGGAAAAUACAGAAAAUAUGUGUUUGAAUGUGUAUAAAUGCAUUAUUGUAAACAUAGAUAGAUCUGUAUAUAGGUGUAUAAACAAAUAUAUUUAUAUAUGUUUACAGUCAUGCAAACACAUUUAUAUGUUUGUGUUUUUAGGUGUAUAAAUAAACAUAUAUGUGUAUAUUUAUAUAUAUAAAUAUGUGUUUAUGUGUAUGAACAUGCAUAAUUAUGUAUGUUUGCAUGCAUUUGGACAUAAAUAUAUGUAGAUGUGUAUAAACAUAUCUAAAUACAUGUCUUGGUAGGUAAAUAAACCUGUAAAACAUGUAUAAAUGUGUACAAACCUGUACAAAUAUGCAAAUAUAUUCAUGUCUAAACACAGAUUUAGUUACAGUAAUGACAGUGAGUUUUCACAAUAGUACAACCUAAAUUCAGGUUUCUGUUAUAUUUUUUAUUACAAAUUGUGUAAAUAGUUCAAAUCAACAAUCCUAUCUUUGUCAACAAAAUCAGUAGUCAUUGUGCACCGUAGCCAUGGUAACACGGAGACUGUUGCUAAGGAGAUUUUCACCUGCAGAGGGAGCCGUUGCUAAGAAAUAGAAGUUCUCUUGCUGAUUGGUCCAUUUUCUGAUUAAAAUGAAUAUUAUCAUGAUAUAAAUAUAAAAAAGCAGUGACUUGAUAUAACUUAAAUUUUUAUUGCUAUAACUGCUUUGAAUUUUAGCCUUUUAGCUUUAACUUUAUCUGCUGUUGUUUUCUUCUGAUCAUCCUUAUUUUGUGUAGUUUGUUACUUGUUUUAAAAGGUGUUCUUGUAUCAUAUUGUAACUUAACAGGAUAAUUAGUGUUUUUUCUGCUCUGUAAGUUGGUGGUGUUGUUGAAUAUCACACAUAUGAAGCAGCAUUCAGGACUAGAACAGGAAAAAAAACACCAUAAAAGUGGACAGUAAAAGGUUCCACUCUGUGUGGAACCUUUUACCACUCUGAAGUUGAUGAUGACUGACAAAACUCACCACCUAAAUGUGAUCUUCCUUGUAUAAUCUGUUAAAAUCUGCUGGUUCUCAGUGAUUAAAGCUUCCUAACGCUCUGAGGGACGUCUCUCUGGAGGUGAUGUCAUCUUCAGCUCCGGUCAGUUCUUAUCAGGAAGGUUCGGCUCAGAGUCGCCUCGGCUGCCACAGUGAACAGCAGCUCCUAGAGAAUUAAAAAAAUACAGGGUUUCAUUGUUUUGCUUUUCCAGAGAAGGUAAAACUCUCAGAGGGAAGGAUUACUCUCAACUCUGGCUUUUAUUUUUCCUCCUUGUGCAAAGAAAACACAUGAAGCUCGGAGCAGCAAUGGAUCUGAACCGUGUCGUCUUUCUGCUGCUCCUCUGCUGUUUCUACAAGGAUUCGGUUGCAUCGACUCCAGAGGACAACAACAAGGAGCAUCUGAACCAAAUAUAUUCAGCACAGUUUGAAUGUUUCCAGAGAAUCACGAAGGAAUCCCACCGCAAAACCAAAUCCAGCGGCGGCCCGGUGUGUAACACCACGUGGGACGGAUGGUUGUGUUGGGAUGAAGCUGAAGCUGGACUCACAGAGCAGAGCUGUCCAGAUUAUUACAAAGACUUCGACCCUCACGCGAUGGCGUCCAAAGUUUGCACGGAGACGGGGGAGUGGGGUCGCCACCCGGAGAGCAACCGGACGUGGACCAACUUCACCAACUGUAAAGCCAACGUGACGCACCAGAGGACGGCAGCGAUGACCCACUUCUACCUGGUGAUGAUCGGUCACGGACUGUCGCUGGUGUCACUGCUCAUAUCACUGGGAAUAUUCUUUCAUUUCAAGAGUCUGAGCUGCCAGAGAAUAACCCUCCACAAGAACCUGUUCCUGUCCUUCGUCCUGAACUCCGUCAUCACCGUGGUCCGGCUGACCACCGUGGUGAAGAAACAGGGACACAACUACAACGAAUCGGUGAGCGACGUUCUGGUUUACCUCAGGUAUGUCUGGGGGUUUCUUUGGCUCAUUGUUGGUGUUUUCCAGGGAAGCUGUAAGCUGCUGAUGUUCAUCCACCUGUACCUGAUGAGCUGUAACUACUUCUGGAUGCUCUGUGAGGGCAUCUACCUGCACACGCUCAUCGUGGUGGCCGUGUUUGCAGAAAAGCAGCAUCUCAUGUGGUAUUAUCUGCUCGGCUGGGGUUUUCCACUCAUACCGGCGGUGAUUCACUCCAUAGCUCGCCUCUGUUACUACGACGACAACUGCUGGGUGAGUUCGGCCACUUCGCUGCUCUACAUCAUCCACGGUCCGAUCUGCGCUGCCCUGGUGGUGAACCUUUUCUUCCUGCUGAACAUCGUCCGGGUUCUCAUCACUAAGCUGCGAGUAACUCACCAGGCCGAGUCGAGCCUCUACAUGAGGGCGGUCCGGGCCACCCUCAUCCUCAUCCCGCUGCUCGGCAUCCAGUUCGUCCUGCUGCCCUACAAGCCCCACGAGCACUGGGUGUUCGAGAUCUACCUGUACAUCAUGGACAUCCUCAUGCACUACCAGGGUCUCCUGGUUUCUACAAUAUUCUGCUUCUUCAACGGGGAGGUUCAGACUGUUCUUCGGAGACACUGGAAUCUACAGCGGAUGCAGUUUGCCGGCACGUUUGCCAACGCCGACUUCUUCCGCUCGGCCACCUCUGUGGCGUCGUCGCUCACCGAGGUCCACCGCUGCUACAGCAUCGAGAGCCACACCGAGCACAUGAACGGAAAGAGCUACUCGGACAUAUUCAGGUCGGACAGCCCCUUCGUCUGAGGACGCCCAUCCACGUUCCCGCUUCUUCUGCAAAGAUUGAUCCUGGAGUUAAGUUUUAUUCUUCUUUCAUCUCCCAAACAAAAAAUAAAAAUCAUAUUUUACCUUUCUGGCAAAUCAAUAGAAAGAAAAGUACCAAAGACCAUUUCUUCACAAUUACUUCCACUGUAAAGCUGUUGAGACGAGCUGUUGUCAGACAUGAAGACAAGGUGAAUCAAACAGCCUCUAAACCAUCAACAUGAGGAAUUCAUUCUGUCUGCAUCGUGUGGAUUCAACCUGAAGAGUCCUUGAUGGACAGGAAGCUGUUCUGUUAAGCUGACAGAGAGAUGUUAUGUUUUCAUGGCAUUUUAAGAAUACUGAAGUUCAGAACGUUUGGCAAAGUGGGAACAUGAAGCUGUGAUGCUGCAAACAGGAGGACGAAUAUUCACACCGAUUAAUGCAAGUUUAAUGAAUCAGAGCAGAUUGGAGAGGCAAAGAAGGAGGUCAAAUUUUGGAAAAGCAACUUUGCAGUAGCUUUGGUGUCAGUUUUAGUGCCACAAUACCACAAAAGUAAAGCAAAAAAAGCACAAAAACUUACAAUAAACCCUGAAUUUGCUUUAACAAAUACCAUUUCUGCUUUAGCUACUUUUCAAUUCAAGGUUUGCAUCUUGGACUGAACUCCCCCUUGAGGUAAAUAUUCUAUUUAUGUGUGAUUUCAUGUCCUCAAAGAUAAACAAAUAAUGAGAUCCAUCCAUCCAUCCAUUCUCUAUCCACCGCUUUAUCCUCACUGGGGUCAUGGGGGGUGCUGGAGUCUAUCCCAGCUGACUCUGGUGAAGGCAGGGGACACCCUGGACAGGUCACCAGUCUGUCGCAGGGCCAAAUAAUGAGAUUCACAUCCUAAUUUUGUUAGAUGUAUAAGCUUACUUUGUCCAGCUCGGCGAUUUUUUAAGUUAAUGUGUUUUUUCACUUCGUGUCUGAUUAUUCCAAAAUGCUGGAGAGACGAUUGUGAGAGAAAAAGUGCAUGCGUUUGUACAUGUAUGUGAUUGUUUGAUAUGACAUAUACUGAGGCACAUAGUAUGAAUUUGUACAUUGCAUUUAGACUGGCACGAGUGUACUUUACAUUAUUUUCCAGUCAGUUAAGAACACAUCGUUGUAUUGCGUUGCUCACAGCUGUUUGAUCACAGUAGAAAGCUGAAUUUUAAAAAAAAUUGCGUCCAGGUAACAAAAUCAAACUGAUUCAACACCUUACAUUGAGCACAAAAUGAUCGUUAACAUCAAGUAUUAACAUCAGAUCUCUUAAUAAAAGGUUACUUUCCUGUCAGGAGUGAAGAGCUGCUGGUUUCGGCCUUCAAUAACAGGAAUUACACGUCAUGAAAAUAUGAAAUAUGAAGUCAGCAAAUAGUGUAAAAGCAAGAAAAGCUUAAUGUAGUAGGUUUGCAUUUAAGCUGAAAAUGGGAACUUCAGUGACUGUCCAAUGAUAAUAAAACCACAAAUAUGUGGUUUAAUGUUCUCAUUAUCUAUGGGGAAAAAAAGGACAGAAAAAAAAUGGUUUAAAAUGUCAAACUAAACAUGCAGCACUGAACAAGAAAGUAAAAACUUACUAAGAUUUCUUAAAAAGGUAAUGCUGUGUAAAUCCAUAAUUUCUACUGUGAUUUCUGUGGAGAUUUUUUGUGAUGGAAUAAAUAUUGUUGACAUGAUACAUAUUGCAUUUUUCUAUUAAAAUUCUGAUAAAUGCAGCUAACUGUGCUAAACUAGUGCACUACUUUGAGGACUAAAAUGUCUGAUUAGUAGCAUUAAAUUCUUAAAUUAGUAGUUUUUUUGGGAAAAUAAUUUCUUUUUUUUCUGAGAGUGAAAUGAGAAGAUUGAUACCACUGUAUGCUUAAUAUUAAGCAAUGUACAGCCAGUUAAAGCUAUGCUAACUUGCUAGCCAAACAAACACAGUUUACUUACCAGCAGUAUAUUACUUCUUCUGAAGCCCAUGAUUUAACAUGCUGUAUCUCAUUUCUUCUUAUCCGUUUAGUUUGGACAGAAACAUGCAAGCUGUUCCUCUCUGUCAAUACUUUGUGCUAAAAUUGAACUAACAGUCAGUUUUUAACUUACUGUUAGCAUAAGGUCAGGACACAGAGGCACAGCCAGCCAAGUAAAAGCCGCCUACUAAUUAACACAGACUUUGUUGGCUUUUAAGUGCUAUCAGCUAAUGUUAGCUGGUGAGUUUCAGGUUAGGAUUAAAACGCAAUAUAAAGAAGCCGCGAGCCAAGCAAAAUCAGCCUAGCACAAUGUUUCCCCGUUUUUAUUUAUGUUAAUAUUGAGCUCAGGUUAGCUGGUGGGUAUAACAUUAGCAUUAAGACUGGAAACAGCUAACACCUAGCCAAACAAGAAUAACCUACUAGCACUUCUGAAGCUCAUUAAUCAACAUGUUAUAUCUUUACAUGUUUUAAUCCGUUUAUUCACAUUUUGAUAACUUUGAAAAGAGUCAUGCUAGUUGCAUCACUGUUUCAGUUUGAGAUGUUAAUGUUAAGCUAGCUAGCUCAGCCAAUCCUGGUGGGGCCAGCUUUGUUCAGACUCGACGGUGGUGUCAAUGUUCUCGUCUUACUCUCAGCAAGAAAGCAGCUAAAAUAUUUUCUGAAAAUCUGCGCUGUGAAGAAAACUCUUUAUAAAGGACAGGUGGAGCUUUUUCAACACACAAUAUAAAUAAAAUGAUUGUUUCUGUUGCUAUUAGCAUGGGCUAAGCUAGGACAUGGACACCAUAGUGGACAUCUGUGAUUAAAAGUCAGAAUUUUGUUGUUAUUUUUGUAACAUAGUGCUUGCCUAUCCUGAAGUAAUAAUGCUGUAAAUAAAAACAGGCUGUUUAAAUCUGAGAUUCAUUUGUGUUUCAGUCCCAGUUUGCCAGCUUCCAUUUCAUUUCCCUCAGAGACAAACAAAAGAAAAUCUGUGAGUGUUGUCCUUCCCACAUUUUUAAUUAAGGGUGGGAUUUCCUCGUCUGACCUUAGAAACCGUUUCCCUCAGAAAUGAAUAUUGUUUCCAGACAAAGCCAGGCGUGUUGCUGUCUGCUCAGCAGGUACAGUUAGGAAGUCCCAGAGGAAAAGUGCUAUGUCUCUCCUUUCAGAGCAUCGUUCAUCAAGUUGUAGAUCUGAAAAAGCACUUAGAAGGUGAUCAGAAGCAUGUGUGAGAGAUAUUUACUUUUGACUGGUAUACCUGUCAUCAUCACGACUUUAAUGCACUGAGGAGUCUGUGGUUGUUGGACUGCGUCUGGAGCAUCAUCCCAGUGUUCAUGAACAUUAACCUGGGUGUUAGAAGAUACAGCAGAACUGAACCUGGAACACGUGAAAGCUGUUGAUGUUUUUAUUGUUUACCCACAGCAGCACCUCCCUGUGUUUACUUGAGUGGAAACCAGAGUGGUGGAUGUAUUGCAGGCAUCCUGUUUCUAAGAAUACAUCGCCAUUGAACUCUUGAUCCGUCAGCUCUUGUGUGCUGGUAGCAAACACUUCCUCAGAAUUAUGACUAACACUUGUUUACUGCCUUUAACUUCCGCAUGCUUCCACUGCAGUGUGAAGCGUUUAGCUGAUGUCUGCUGUCCGUUGCAGUUCUGUCAAUCUGUCAAGGACAUUUCCACAGGACGUGACUGAAUAGCGACACACGUUCUCCGACAAGCCUGUAGAUGUAGUAACACAUAAAUCUGCUGCAUAUUGCCAUACCUGUAUUUAGACUUAAUCUGAGGAAGGUGAUGCAUUUCAUUCGACUUCAGAUGGUCCCAAGAUAGCUACAAAACAGAAAGAACUGGAAGAAGAACAAGAUCGAAGCUGAGAAUCCUGUUAUUUCGUUAAAAUCAUAUCUUAUAUUUUAAAAAUGCCAAAAACAAAUAACUUACAAUAAUCACAUUCUGCAAAAAAAAUAAAAAAAAUUCUGCACUCCUCAACUCAACCAAAAAAGUCAUGACUGAUUCAGGUGUGGCCAAGAUUCAUGUGACGAAAAUUCUGAGAAUUUCCAGGUUGAACGGCAGUCAGUGUCUCCACAGGAAAAUCAAGCAUACUGGAUUAAAACAGUAAAUGCAGCGUGAUUUAAAUACAGUAAACAGAGGAGCAUGUUGUUGGAAAAUACUUUCAGCAUGGUGAAACAUCUUUCUACACCGAUGCACAGAGAGUAUUAGCAAGUUUUGAAAUAAUAUAAAAAUAUUGUCAAAGAUCAAGUAUGUACAGCCACUUUGGCUGAGUUUGUUGAGACAAAGUCUAUAACCUGCAUUAUCAUCAUUAGAAAAGUAAAUAUUUACCUACUGAAGAAACUGGAUCUUGUAAUCCCUUAAGUUUUUUCUUUUUUAUCUUUGAUCUCAGAAGUCCUAACUACGACGACCACACCUGAGCUGUGUUUCACUGAUGUCUAGUUGAUCUUCCUGGAUCUUUUUCCACGUUUUAGUCUCAAAAUCAGAUUUUUUACCUCAGUUCUUUCCCACAUGGAGCCAUGAUGCAGAUCAACACAUUCCACAGGUCCAAAACUGAGGACGUUCUGCUGCUCACAGCUCAUUUUAGAACCCGUUAGACUGAUUGGAUUCACAGGUGGAUUCAAUUCAGCUGGUCUGAACUAUUAAGUGUUUGAUUUUGAUUGUUUAUAAAAGAAAAUAUUCGACUAUUCACCUCAGAAAUAAUACAGUUAUUGAGAGAUGAUAUGAAUUUAAAUGGUAUGACUUAGUAGCUCAAGUUCUUGUGUGGACAUUUACACUGAAAUAUCUAAUUAACCCUCUGAACUCCAAACAAUUUCUGAGUGUUUGUUGUCACAUUUUUGAAUUUUCACCAGGUGACUGUUGGUCACAGCUGAGUCUCUCAUGGUUUCACAGUUGCAGCAAGAAGGGCAGAAAUUUAAUUUUUUCCUAAACUUUUGUAUGAUUGAAAUUUUCAUUUUUGGCAUAUUUUUAAACUGAGACAUGAAGAAUUGAGUGAUUUUGAUGAAAUGUCACAAUUUUAAGGGGAGAUUUGUUUGCUUUUUUUAGAUGGAACGGCAGAGAUUAAAUUCAAACGAUGCUGGAAAGUUUAACAUCUUUCUUUUUUUUUUUUUUGUUACAGUUUCUGAUUCUGUAAUUUAGGUUAUUUUUAACACAUAACAUGCUUCAUGAACCUGCUUAGCAGGUCUUGGGCUUUAACCCUGUUAAAACUCAGUGCAGUGUGGUACAGUUUUCUUUUAAUCUCACCUAAAACUUCUUUUUUGCAGUAAUUUCUUCUUUCUGCUCAGACUGAAUCAUGUGAAGUCUCAGGAGAAGCCGCAGAUUAAAUGUUCAUUCAGAGGAGGGAAACUCCUCAUUUCCACUUUGCCAUGUCCUCAAAAAAACCUUCUGAUGCCUGAGAUGCUCUUCACCUCCAGCAGCACAGGAGUCACUAUGAGAGGAAUGUGAAGAAGCUCUGAGGGACAGAAACCAAACCAGUAAAACUUAAUGAAUCAUUUCCUUCAGAGCUGCUGCUGCAGAUUCCAGUAAAAUCCUCCUCUACAGAAAGCUGUAAUGAUUUAAAACAAAGGACACAUCUGGAAGCAGCCACUAGAGAACAAUGGAUGAGCUGCAGGGCGUGGAGGGCUUCGGUCAUGUGACCCGGGUCUGGGUGGGACCGCAGGAAGUCUGUCGGUUCUGUCGGACCGCUGGGUCGAGAUCCAUCAGAACGCCUCAUCAUGUCACCACUCUGGUUUAUCAGCAGACGUCAGCGUGUGGAAACAUCACCUCACUGGGACACCACCUUCAGAAAUAAAUCAGCCGUUUUCAUCUGGAACCAUCUUCACAGGAAAGAAAACACUGUAGUUACAGGUUUUGAUUUAUUAUUUCAGUUUUAUUUAUUUUAAGUGGCAUUUUACAAUCAAAUAUUGCAAAACAAUAAAUGACUGAAAAAACUAAAGAAUAGAACAUUUUAUCCAUUUGUGGUACCAGGACUGGAAAUAACGAGGAGACUCUACAUACCAGAGAUAUUCUACUAAUUAGGUUUAAAAGACCUGCAGCACUGCCUGCAGUUCAGCUGAAACUCUGAUUAUUUGUCUACUGUUGGUCCCAGCUGAGUUACUAUAGGUUCACAUAAUUUUAAUUAUUUAUAGAAUCUGGUUCAUGCAAACUGUUUAUUUUUGACUAUUUUUAGAAUGAUAGAUGUAGAAUAAAGUGAUUUUGAGCUGAGAUUUGGUUCAGUUUUCAACUAGAGCAGCGUGUUACUGAUGAGCAGUUCAAGGACCGUUGGAAAGUUGAAUAUUUUGGUGAUUUGUUAAAAGUUAACAUGUCUGUCAAAGGCUAGUUUAGGGUUUCAAGGGUUAAAAAAAAACGACUUCACUUCAUUUUCACUCGACUUUUUGAACAUUUUGACCUCAUGAUGGUGGUCAGAUGGAGACAGCUGUGAAAGCUGUGGAGCUGUGAAGAACCUGAAGCUGAUCAGGUGUCUCCAUCCAUCUCAGGUAAUCAGUAACUCCUCUCUAACUCCAGGUGAGAACAUGGAGCAUGCUGUAGCCGUGGUGUUCAGAGUCCAGGUCCUCGGCUGCUGUCCACCGCUGGAGGCGUCUUCGGCUCCGUCCUGCCAACAGGAAGUCCCUCGCUCGUCUCCGGCUUCCUGCCAUUGUUCUGCUGCUGCCAGCGGCCCGGCUCCGCCCAGGAUCUGGGAAAGGUGGAGUGGUUCAGCGGCACAUUUCCCCUUUGAUCAGCGUGGCCCUGGGCAGCAGGAGGAGGUCCUGGCUUCAUGUGAUCCGUGUUCUGCACCAGCCUGAACAUCUUUCACUGUUGUUUAAUAAAAGACUGAUUGAAGUUUC